AUGGGGGCAAUGCUGCCCAAAGCGGUGGAGUCCACUGUAGUUGAAGAGCAAUGGUCCAAAGGGUUCCGCAUAGCCGCCUGCGAGAUGAAUGGGUGGCGGAGCAACAUGGAGGAUGCUCACGUCAUGAUCGCGCAGCCAGACUGGGGCUUCUUUGCCGUCCUGGAUGGCCAUGGUGGUGACAUGUGCUCCGCAUUUGUGGCCUCCAAGCUCAAGGAGCACUUCGGCAGGUAUGGCUGCCCAAGAGAUGAUGCAGCUUUUAGGCAAAUGUUUUUCGACAUCGACGCAGCAUUUCUAGCAACAGGGAAGGCUAGUGGGUCGACUGCGACGAUGUGCAUUGUGCAGAAGGGUAUCGGUGGUAAGUGCCAAGUACGAGUUGCCAACGCUGGGGACAGUCGCAUCCUUCUCGGCCGGCGAGAUGGCAGGAUAGUAGACGGCGGAGGAACUGACGAGGGCCUCACUACCGACCACAAGCCUUGCCACCCGGCCGAGCGCCAGCGAAUCUACCGCUGUGGUGGCACAGUCGAAAAGGCGGCUGGAGGCAUAGCGCGGGUAAAUGGUGAGCUGGCGGUUUCCCGCGGAUUCGGCGAUGCGGAAUUCAAGAAGACGGGUGGCCCCGGACCCGAAGAUCGCCCAGUGACCUGCAAUCCGGAGUUUGGCCGCUUUGAGUGUGAUGACUCGCACUUCCUCCUGCUAGUCUGCGAUGGCAUAUCGGAGGGAGAAUUCCCCAACCCCGAUGUCAUCAAGCAUGCCGCGUCAGCCCUGAGGGUCAAAGAUGACCCAGGAAUGGUGGCCGAAGCGGUUUGCGUGAAAGCCUUGGAGGCGAAUUCCAAAGACAACCUCUCGUGCAUGUGUGUGCUGCUGAAAGGUUCGGACGACCAUCGUGAGCGCACUGUCUUUCGUCCAGGGCCCAUCUAUCGUCCAUACAACAAAGGCUUCAUGGACGCUUAUGAAUCCAUGGCAAAGAAGGCAGGCCUCACGCUGGCGCAGGCGGCAGAGAUGAGGUACGAGAUGCUGCUUGAGGAGCUGGGAAAGCCUGGCAAGCCCGAGGUUGGACCUCGCUUGGAGGCAUUGAAGGAAGAAAAAGCAACCUUAGGAUCUCCUGCAGGUGCCAAGGGAAGCCCGGAGAGGGCAGCUUGGUGGCGAUCCUGGGAGCAGAAGCUCCCGGAUUUGCAGAAGAGCGAGGAGGACGGGGACGGAGCCGACCCGGAUGCCAUCCUGAUGCGAAUGCUGAUGUCGCGCUUUGGUGGGCAAGACCCGAGCCUGCUCGGCAGUAUGAUGGAGGCAGCUCCACCCGAUGCAGGGGAUGGACGACAAGUGCGGGCGCUGAAGCGAGCUGUGGAGACCCACCCAGCCUUGCAGUGGGACGAAAGGUUAAAGACCCUUGCCGGUCAAGAGGGAACGGUCGCGAAGGAUGACUCUGACGGAACAUCUUCCGUCCGGUUUCCGCCGCCCAUAAGCGUGGUGGCAUGGCUGCCGACGAGCGUGCUUCUGACGAGCGAAGCGACCCGGGAGAGCCGUUCACCAGGCACCGGUCUGCUGGUCGGCAAGCCCCUUCGCACCCCCAUCGUCCCUUGCUACCCCGGCUCGGGCAGCGGCCUGCUCUUGGUGCCACUGGUGGACGUGGAGGGUCCCCGGCUGGAUCAACUCCGAGCAGCCAGUUGA